UUUUUUUUUUUUUUUUCCCUUUCCUUUCUUCCUGUUCUCCUGUUCUCUUCCCAACCCGUCCUCAUUUUUUUGUGGUCUCCACCAAGCAACGCAUCAAAACCUGUAAUCCAAGAUGAGCAAUUUGGCAACAACAGCAAGAUGGCUCCAUUUUUUCCAGCAUUGCUGUCUUCAUUGUCUGCGCUCAAUGGAUGGUGCGUUCGAAUGAAAACGAUCUAAGCCGACUCAACACAAAUCAAGUGGAUUCUAGACAUCCCCAAAACAUCAUCAGUAAGUAAGGAAGCUACCCAAAUAGGAGCAGUAUCAUAAUUACACAGACCCAUAUUUUUUUCUUCUUUUCUUUUCUUCCUUUUUCCUUCUUUCUUCUCUCUGUUUCUGGUUUCAUUAUUUUUUGCUUUUCUUUUUUUCUUUGGAACUACUACGAAUUGGACUCAGAUGGCGAAAAGAGAUGGUUUUGGAUUCUGCUAGUUGCUGGGGUGCAAAGAGAGAUCGUUCUGAGAAGAAAUCCAGGGUAGAGCGAUGAGCGUUGGGUUUCAUUGAUUGGAUCUGUGGUGGGGUUUUGAUUCAAGCGAUAAGGAAGUCGGACUCGCGUGUUCAAAAUAGCGAGCGUCCUAUUUUGCGAACCCAAUUUUGGGCUCACUAUAUUAGCUGUGCGAGUCCGGGCUUUUUUAAACUAUUGGACUAUAUAAUCUCAUUUAAGAUAAUCCCCUCCCUUACCAAACAUGGGUUUCAAGUAUUGUUUAAUCCAAUCCAGUCCAGUGAGGCAUAGUGAAGCAUACCAAACAUGGCCGAACGGUUUUGUUGAACUGAAAUUACUAAUUCAGUGCAUGAACGCCACGCGUUGCGAGCACUAACAUGAAAUUUUAUCGAAACUACUCAUUUAGUGCAUGAAUGACACGCGCGGUAAGAAUAUAAAAAAAGAAAAAAGAAAGAAGCGAAAAAGCAAAAAGAAAAGAAAAAAAAGGAGGAAAAAACCUGAAAACUAGAAUUUGCUCAGCAAAGCAAAACACACAGUUGAAAAACAGAGAAGGGAAGCCCUACACACUCUCUCUCCCUCUCUGUCUCACUCUCUCUCUGUCCCUUGUCUGUCUGUGUGUGUCUCUCUGCCUUUGAUUCUAUUUUUGCGCCAAUCAAAGUCCCAGCAAGUCUCCAAUUCCUUCUCUCUCCUAAAAAUGCCAGCUUCUCCUUCAUUCCCUUCAGACUCCCGCGGCAAAUGGAGGAAGCGAAAGCGCGACCCCCAAAUUCGCAGAGGCAAACGUGAGGACGACGACGACGAAGACGACGACGCGGUUGCUGCCGCAGAAGACAACGACCUCGAACAGAACGAUGACGUUUCAGAGGAUCCCCACCAUAACCCCCAAUCCGGUGCCGCACCGGAUCCCGGCCCUCACGAGACCGAGGUCCUCGACGGUGGGGUCCGCCAAAGCGACUUCCCUCCCGUCGUUUUGCGCACCGUGAACAGGCCCCACUCGUCCGUUCUUGCAAUUGUGGCGCUCGAGCGAGCCAAUCACAGCGGCGGGGACGCCAAGGGCCCCACCAGCCCGAUUGUCUUAGAGAAUGUGUCGUAUGGUCAGCUCCAGGCGUUGUCCGCGGUGCCCGCCGAUAGUCCGGCGUUGGAUCCGGACCGUGCAGAUGGUGCCGGGUCGUCUUACGUGGUCACUCCGCCGUCGAUUAUGGAAGGCCGUGGCGUUGUUAAGCGGUUUGGGAACAGAGUUCAUGUGGUUCCAAUGCACGCAGCAGAUUGGUUUUCACCAGCCACAGUGCAUCGACUAGAGAGACAGGUGGUGCCGCAUUUUUUCUCAGGAAAAUCGUCAGAUCAUACUCCUGAGAUAUACAUGCAAUGUAGGAACGAAAUUGUUGCUAAAUACAUGGAAAAUCCAGAGAAGAGACUUGCAUUUUCUGAUUGCAGUAGAUUAGCAUUAGCAGGUCGUCUAAGUUCUGAUGAUUUGACUCGAAUAAUUCGUUUUCUGGAUCACUGGGGAAUUAUCAAUUACUGUGCUGUAGCACCGAGUCGAGAGCCUUGGAGUGGCAGUUCCUACUUAAGGGAGGAGCUAAAUGGUGAAAUUCAUGUGCCAUCAGCUGCUCUAAAAUCCAUUGAUAGUUUAAUCAAAUUUGACAAGCCCAGAUGUAGGCUUAAGGCAGCUGAUGUUUAUUCGUCUUUGCCAUGUCAUGAUGAUGAUGAUGUCUCUGAUUUGGACAACACAAUUCGGAAGCGUCUAUCUGAAAAUCAUUGCAAUCAUUGUUCUUGUUCUCUUCCUGAUGUAUACUAUCAGUCACAGAAGGAGGUUGAUGUACUUAUGUGCUCUAAUUGCUUCCAUGAGGGAAGAUUUGUGGUUGGUCAUUCAAGCAUAGAUUUCAUACGGGUGGAUUCAACAAAAGAUUAUGGUGAUACAGAUGGGGAGAAUUGGACUGAUCAAGAAACCCUUCUGCUGCUUGAGGCAAUGGAAGUGUACAAUGAGAACUGGAAUGAAAUUGCAGACCAUGUUGGUACAAAGUCAAAAGCACAAUGCAUCCUUCAUUUUCUUCGUUUGCCUGUGGAGGAUGGCCUGCUGGAAAAUAUUGAAGUUCCAGGCGUGUCCAUGUCUUCCAACUCGUCAGAUAGAGAUGGUCGUGGAGGAUUUCAUUCAAACUCAAAUGGGGAUACGGCAGGAUCCUGCCCACAAGAUGUUGAUUCUGAAAGCAGGUUCCCAUUUGCGAAUUCUGGGAAUCCAGUCAUGUCCCUGGUUGCAUUUCUGGCCUCUUCUGUUGGGCCAAGAGUUGCUGCAUCUUGUGCCCAUGCAGCAUUGACGGUAUUUUCUGAGGACAAUGGUGUAUCUGCUUCUGGCAGUAUUUUGCAGAUGGAAGGAUCAGGACAUAGGAUGAACCCCGAGAGCAUACAUGGUAGAGAAGGUGGUGCUCACGGAAAUAUUGCAAAUUCACUUCAGCAGAAGGAAGAGAACACAGCAGGACAUGGUUCUAGGGGUCAAAAUGAGGCAGGGACAAUUCCAAUACCGGCAGAAAAAGUUAUAGCUGCUGCCAAAGCUGGCCUUGCUGCUGCUGCAGUAAAGGCAAAAUUAUUUGCUGAUCAUGAAGAACGGGAAAUUCAGAGACUAUCUGCUAAUAUCAUAAAUCAUCAGUUGAAGAGAUUGGAGCUGAAGUUAAAGCAGUUUGCAGAAGUGGAAACUUUUCUAAUGAAAGAAUGCGAACAAGUGGAGAAGACUAGGCAGAGGAUGGCUGGUGAACGUGCCCGUCUUAUGUCAGCUCGGUUUGGACCCGCUGGAGUCACUGCACCUAUGGGUUUGGCAGGUCUUGGUUCUUCCAUGUCUAAUAGUAACACUGGUACCGGUAGGCAACAAAUAAUGUCACCUUCAGCUUCACAGCCAAGUGUAUCAGGAUACAGCAACAACCAACCAAUCCAUCCCCACAUGCCAUUUGUGCCACGCCAAUCAAUGUUAGGGUUGGGGCCGAGGAUGCCCUUGACAUCCAUACAGUCAUCCUCAUCAGCUCCAAAUGCCAUGUUUAAUGCUGCAGGGACUGCCCAGCCGACUCUAAAUCAUCCAAUGUUGAGGCCUGUACCAGGUACUAGCUCUGGUCUAGGUUGAAAGAAAACAUGUAGAUUUGGGGUUUAUGGUUAUUCCUUUUGGUCGUUGCUUUCUGCACUGUAACUGAAAGUAGUGGAUAACAUAGAUGUCAUUCACGAUCAAUCUGCCUCACAUUCUUUUUUAGUUUUUAGUUUUUUCUAUAUAGAAGAUACCUCCGGCAGAUUGUAGGGCCUGUAUGUUCAUACAUUUGAUCAUUAGAAAUUAAUUCAGUCAAAAAAUAAUUGUGUUUCUGAAAGUGAUGUUGGUGCAGAUAUUUUUUUUUUCUUCCCCUUUUGGAAAA